UUUUUUCCUUUGCUCUGUCAUUGUAGUUAGCGGUGGCAGGAAAGCGCUGAAGGCCCGGCUCGUUAGGUGUGAGAGGGGCCGAAGUGUUUUAAAUUUGGAAGUUCACGCUCUGGCGAGUUAGGGCGGAAUGUUGGCCCUUGGGACCCGGUAACAGGCACGGAGGUGGGGCGGUCCAGGUUAAUUUGAAAGCUGAUUUUGUUGGAAGGUCUGGCGACAGCAUCGGAUCUCACAAAGCAACCUGCUGGGCCUGGCGUGAAAAAAGGAAGCUCUGACCCUUGGGAGUCUGGACAAAGGCUUUGGGCUAUAGAAGCGAUACCUUCUGCUGAUUCCCAUUUGAGGAUUGAUGGAUGAUGAUAUGGGAAAUCCUGUGCCGUGUGGAUCCGUCUUCAUUUACAGAGCCUAUUGGGGACUAUGGCUCUGUCUUCAUGCCUUGGGUUUUCAUUUGAACCAUUACAUUAUAAGAGGAUAAAAGGCAGGUCAUCAUAAAGAAUAAUUGUGGACUGGGGGUAGAUUAUUUUCUGCGGGGGGAAAUUUAUGCGUUUAGAGUUUGAAUGUGCUUUAUCAUAACUGAGAUUUGAAACGUCGCAAUUUUCGCUCCCUCACUAUGUUUGGGAAACAUGUUUGGAAUGACUUUGUUACUUGCUAGUUAAAAUCAAAUGGAUCUGAAAUAAUACCUAUUUAAAUUUAGCCUCCAGUGCCCUCUCAGGCUUGAUUAGAAGAUGUACAUUUCAUUGUUUAGUGAGAAUGAUAACCAAGGGGGAUGAAUUGUUGGAUAAAAAUGCAGCAAAAGGAGUUUAAAAUGAUUUUGUUAAUUUCAGUGACUUGCCCUUAAAUGAGUUUUUAAGGACCCAUUUCCUUGUUUUCAUAGGUUCGACGUUCCAAUCCAUCACUGUCUUUAAAUCAACAGUCAAAAAAAAACUUUUGUUGCAUUCAUAAGUAGAAAAAUUUUAAGUGCUUUAGAGUAUUUUGCUUUUUGUGUAAUGUUCUAAAAAUAGAGUUUCUGGACAAUUUGCUUAAGGAAAUUACUUGGCAGACAGAGGAAAAGUGCUCGCUUUGAGAACUGGUCACUUACAAGUGGUCUCUUGUGUUGUUGCAGAGAUAAAUGGUACAUUACUCUAGUAUCUGAAGGGCAAAAAAUUUUAAGCAUUAUACUUAACAGUGGCAAAUUAAAACACACUUUUUUUUAUAUAGUCUGCUUGAAUUGGAAUUCAUGAGAUUUGCCCUCAUGGAACUACUUAGUUUUUAAGUUAGGGAGGAUAAAUUAGUAGAAAUCUUUGGAAUUUGACAUAAUUAUUCCCUGAAACAUCCCUAAUUUUUGUUGUAGAUUUAUUUAUGUCCUCAGGGUAAAUUCCUUUUAAAGUAAAAAAAAAGGGGGGGGAGGCACACAUAAUAUGUAUGUUACACUGUUUUCUAAAGCAUUUAAAAAGUAAAAAAAGGAGCUAAAUCAGUUUGUAUAAGGAGCCUUUAGAACUUGAGUGGGCACAACUCUUUCAGAAGCUGUUUAUAGUUUAUGUUAAAAUGCUGGUGUGGAUGUUGGUUUGUUGAAGAACUAGGCUUAUAUUUGAGGGUUUUUGUUUUUUUUUGGUACUGCGCGGAUUUUUCUCUGAAAUAGACCAUUUCAUAGAGCAGUUUUUUUUUAGGUUUACAGCAGUUUUGAGCAGAAGGUACAGAUAUUUCCCAAAUACCUACCUGCCCCCACAUAUACCAUGCAAAUAUUUUAAUAUUAAGUCUCAUUAAUAUUUUUAAUAUUAAUUUGACAUUGAUAAUUAAGAUGCCAAGCAAUUUCUUGAUAUCUUUUUUUAGUUUAGCUUGUAGUUUAUAAAGUUUAAUCUUGGACACUUUUCAAAGGAAAAUAAACCUUGCAGACUUCAAAGAAUAUGUCGUCAGACCCCACUUUGUGGGAAAGUGGUAAUUGUUUAUAAGUACUGAAUUAAAGCAACACUUAAUUUGCACAUUAAAAAGAAAUUUAUAGCCCUGGCUGGUAUAGCUCAGUGGAUUGAACUCAGGCCUGCGAACCAGAGAAUCGCAGUUUGAUUCCCAGUCAGGGCACAUGUCUGGGUUGCAGGCCGGUUCCCUGCAGGCCAGUUCCCAGCAGGGGAUGCACAAAAGGCAACCAUACAUUGAUGUUUCUCUCCCUCUCUCCUUCUCCUCUAAAGAUAAAUAAAUACAUAAAUAAAUAAUUUUAAAAAUUUAUAAUUAUUUAAUGGCUCUUAAAAACUUACUUGGAAAACUAGAUUAAAUACUGUUAGGUUAUCUUUGAAAGUAGGUGUGAAUUUCCUUAAGGAAACACUAGGUUGAGAUUUUUCAGUAGUUCCUACUGAUAGUCCCCAAGCAUUCCAGAUAUUUUUACUACAUUGUCAUUUGGGUUUAUUCAUUAGAACCCGGGAUAGUUGUGUGAAAUGGAAGCUUGAGAAGAUUCUGUAUCUGAACAUUUUCUGUUCAACUUGCGAUGAAUAGUGAUUUCUUUUAGGAGUUUAUGGAGUAGUGUAAUGGUUGAGUUUAAGAUAAGAAAUGACAGUAGCUAAGAUUUCUGAUUUUAGAGAUAUUUCGGUAUUUGCUUUAAUUAUAUUUGGUUCCGUGUUUGGAAGUGUAUAUGUAGAACUUAAAAUUGUAUCCAAAUGGUAGCUAUUAUUUGGAUUUUGCUUUAAAAAUUGGUUUUUGAAGUGUUUUAUUCGUUUAUCAUUUUGAAUGGUCACCUUUUUAAUUUGAUUUGGUUUUACAUUUUGAAAGGGAAGAGAAUUACAAGUGUCAGACGUAUUAAUGAGUUAGGUAUUUGGUCUUUUCAUGGUUGGAAGAGAUAGAAAGUUUGGGGGAAUUUUUUAUUGUUUUUAAAUUUCAUUUUACUUGUGGGAAGAUUGUCUUUUUUUUUUUUAAAGUGGAUGUAAAAUUUAUAUACAAUUUAAGCACAGACCUUAAAGAUAAAAUUCAUUUAGCUUUGAUAGAUUUAUGUACCCAUGUAACCAGCACUCCAGUUAAAAUGUAUAACAUUUCCAUCACCCCUUUCCUCGUAUCAUUUUCAAUCAAGUUUAGUUUAUAGGAAGUUUUUAAAAAAAUAAUUUGCAGAUGUCUUCUCAGAAUUUGUAGGCCCUUUUUGCUAAAGAAUGAUUUAUUUCCUCUCAGAACAAAGAAGACCAUCUUGUAAUGCCCAUAGUUGUGGUUCCUUAUAUUGCUUCACUUUUUUAAUAGGUCAUUCUGAAGUGAAUAACCUAAUCUGGCGUUGUUUAAAAUCAAUUAUAGAGUCCCGGGAUUAAUUAUAUUUCAUUUUCUUUCCACAGUUAAGUUGCUUUUACAGAAUUAACAGGUGUCCAAGAAAUUAAAAAAAAAAAGGUCAUUAUUGCUGUGAUUUGAGCUCAGCAUGGCUGUAGUCAUCCGUUUACUGGGGCUUCCUUUUAUUGCGGGGCCUGCGGAUAUUCGUCACUUUUUUACGGGAUUGACUAUUCCUGAUGGAGGAGUGCAUAUAAUUGGAGGGGAAAUUGGGGAGGCUUUUAUUAUUUUUGCAACAGAUGAAGAUGCAAGACGGGCCAUAAGUCGUUCAGGAGGGUUUAUCAAGGAUUCAUCUGUAGAGCUCUUUCUUAGCAGUAAGGCAGAAAUGCAGAAGACUAUAGAAAUGAAAAGAACUGAUCACAAAGGAAGAGAGCGACCAGGAUCUGGGGUAUCAGGGGUUGACUGCUUAUCUGAUUUUGUCGAGGGCAUUAAAGAAGAAGCAAGUAAUUCUGGAUAUGGCUCUCCGAUUAAUCAAGAUGCUGGGUUUCAUACUAAUGGUACAGGACAUGGUGAUUUAAGGCCAAGAAAGACACGGCCAUUAAAGGCAGAGAAUCCAUACUUGUUUCUACGAGGUUUGCCUUACUUAGUAAAUGAAGAUGAUGUACGUGUCUUUUUCUCUGGUUUGUGUGUGGAUGGAGUAAUUUUCUUAAAACAUCAUGAUGGCCGAAAUAAUGGUGAUGCCAUAGUAAAAUUUGCUUCAUGUGUUGAUGCUUCAGGAGGUCUUAAAUGUCAUAGAAGUUUUAUGGGUUCCAGAUUUAUAGAAGUAAUGCAAGGCUCAGAACAACAAUGGAUUGAGUUUGGUGGUAGCACAAGUAAGGAGGGUGACAUUCCUAUGAGAACUGAAGAACACUCUCCACCAAGAGGAAUAAAUGAUAGGCAUUUUCGAAAACGAUCUCAUUCGAAAUCUCCCAGAAGAACACGUUCUCGUUCCCCACUGGGAUUUUAUGUGCACUUAAAAAAUCUGUCCCUAAGUAUUAACAAAAGAGAUUUAAGAAAUUUCUUUAGAGAUACUGAUCUGACUAAUGAACAGAUUAGGUUUUUAUAUAAAGAUGAAAGAAGAACAAGAUAUGCCUUUGUGAUGUUCAAGACACUGAAAGACUAUAACACUGCUCUGGGUUUACAUAAGACUGUUUUACAGUAUCGUCCAGUUCUUGUUGAUCCAAUUUCUAGAAAACAAAUGCUGAAGUUCAUUGAAUGUUAUGAAAAGAAAAGACCAGCAUCAGUAGAGAAAGAGAGGAUUGGACGUGUUUCACAGAAAUACUCUCAAGAAGGCUACUCUGGCCAGAAACUGUGUAUAUAUAUGAGAAAUUUUCCAUUUGAUGUUACAAAAGUUGAAGUGCAGAAGUUCUUUGCAGACUUUUCUCUUGCUGAGAAUGACAUUUACUUGCUUUAUGAUGACAAAGGUGUUGGUCUGGGGGAAGCACUGGUGAAAUUCAAAUCAGAAGAACAGGCCAUGAAAGCUGAACGUUUAAAUCGUCGAAGAUUCUUGGGAACAGAGGUGUUGUUAAGACUUAUAUCUGAGGCACAAAUGCAGGAGUUCGAUGUAAAUUUUUCUUUGCUGUCCAGUAAGGGAAGGCAAGACCAUUCAAAAUCAUGUGAUAGGGAUGACCCUUCCCAUUCAUUUGACUCGAAUGAUCUACCAGUAUAUGCAGUGGGCCUUUCUGAAAACUAUAGGCAUCCUCCAGAAGACCCGAGGCAGCUGGACAAUUUCAGGCACGCCCAGGGGGAUUUCCAACAGCCUGACAGGUGCCCUCCAGAAGACUUCAGGCAUUCCCCAGAGGACUUCAGGCGCUCCCCAGAAUUUAGGUACUCUCACGAGGGACAUUUCCGGAGGCCUCAGGAGGAGGACUUCAGAUGCUCUUGGGAGGAUUUCAGUUACCGUGGGGAAGAAGACUUACGGCACCCAAGGGAAGAGAAUUGGAGGCGUCCACCAGAGGAGGAUUUCAGGCAGGAUCCCAAGGAGGACUUUAGGCGAUCCCCUGAGGAGGACUGGAGGCGACUUCCCAAGGAGGACUGGAGGCGGCUUCCGGAGGAGGACUGGAGGUGGCUUCCUGAGGGAGAGUUCAGACGGCCACGCGAGGAGGAUUGGAGACGACCCCUUGAGGAUGAUUUUAGGCGGCUUCCCCAGGGGGAAUGGAGGCGACGACCUAAGGAGGACUUCCGGCGACUUUCGGAGGAAGACUUAAGGCAACCUUUCGAACAGGACUUUAGGCGUCCUCCAGUGGAGGACUUCAGACGUUCUCCUGAGGAUUUCAGGUGUUCUCCUGAAGAGGACUUGAGGCGGCAUCCCCAGGAGCACUUCCGGAGGCCGCCCCCGGAGCACUUCCGGAGGCCGCCCCAGGAGCAUUUCCGACGGCCGCCCCAGGAGCAUUUCCGAUUCCGACGGUCACCCCAGGAACACUUAAGGCAUCCACCUGAUGAAGAUUUCAGGCGCCUCCCAGAUGAAGACUUUAGGAAUCCUCCUGAGGAGGACUUUAGUAGGAGUCCCCAGGAGGAAGAUUUCAGAUGCCCUUCUGAUGAGGAUUUCAGGCGGCUUCCAGAGGAAGAUCUCAGGGCAGGUCCAGAGGAGGACUCUAGACUUCCUGAUGAUUUUAGACCACCUGGUGAGGGGUUUAGGAGCCCAUCAGAUGAUUUUAGAAGUCAUCGCCCUUUUGUGAAUUUUGGUCGCCCAGAAGGUGGCAAGUUUGAUUUUGGAAAGCGUAAUAUGGGAAGUUUUCCUGAAGGGAGAUUUAUGCCUGAUCCAAAAUUAAAUUGUAGUUCAAGUAGAAUAACACCUAUUAAAAUAAUGAAUCUUCCAUUUAAAGCUAAUGUUAAUGAAAUUCUAGACUUUUUUCAUGGUUAUAGAAUCAUACCCGAUUCAGUUAGGAUACAGUAUAAUGACCAGGGAUUACCUACAGGGGAAGCUAUUGUCGCUAUGGUAAACUAUAAUGAAGCUAUGGCUGCUAUUAAAGAUCUAAAUGAUAGGCCAGUUGGCCCACGCAAAGUUCGGUUACUUUUGCUCUAGAGAGAACAUCUAAAUUGAGUUACCUCCCCACAGUAUUGAUGGAGUAAAAUACAUUUGUUUUUUUAAAAAGUGUUUAUUUUAACAGUCUAAUGAAAAACAUUUUAAAUUUGAUCUGUGACUGGAAUAAAUGUAAGUAGUGGAAUGUAAGUCUAGUUUUCUUUUGCUUGCAAAUUGCCGUUUACUUUUUCUAAUUAAAGUUAUAUAUGUUUUUUUUUUUUGACAGUGGGGAAGAGGACUAAUUCCCUGAGUUCAUUAUUUUUUGUUGAUGUCAUGGGUAUACCUCAAGACCUGUAUAAAGUAGAGCUGUAUUUGGGGAAGACAAGUUUUAUAUUCACUUUUGUUUGCAUUCUGUAGUCUAUAUAUUUUACUCAAAAUGUAUAAGGAAAUGGUCAUCAGUAACUGAUUUGUUCAGGUUUAGCAUUUUCAUUACUGACUGCCUGCAGAAUUAAUGCCUUCUUCCUUGUCUGAGCUAUUGCUGUGUUAAGCUUCCUAUCAGUUAUAAAUAAUUCUAAAUGAACAUACUGUGAACUUGAAAUUUACUCAUGUAAAAAGGUUAGGAGAUUCUUAGUUUCCAUGUUCAUGACUUGAAAAGUUUUAUAAAAAUAAAAAAAAAUUGCAACUAAAUAGACCAACUAAUUAACUUGUAUUUGUAUAAAAGGGAAAGAAAAGAAUUACAGCUUCGUUUGUGAAGUUUUUCAACAGUUACAUUAAACAAUAUUUAUGAUAGGAGUGACCAAACAUUCUGUAAUGCUAGUGUAGAGUGUUACGUAUAGUCCUGUGGUUUCUUCAACAUCUCAUCAAACAAACUGGUAAGAGUAACUCAAAAUACUUAAAAGACAAAAAAUAAUUGUAGGUACAAAGAGACUUUCAGGCUUGUGCUGGGAACACCUGAUUAAAUGGAUAUGGUUUGUGUUUCGAGGAAGAAUUUUUUGAUGAUUCAUGUAACUUCUGUUUUUACUAGGUUCUCAUUUUUUUAAUUUCAAAACCUUGUAUUGAAAGACUAAACAACUAUUAGACUUGUGAGAUCAAAUUUUGACUUUUGAUAUUUGACAUUUAGUAUAGAAUUUUGCAGAAUACUGCAUUUGAUUUUUCUAUACCAGUGAUAUUAAUGGCUAACAAACAUUGGGCCAUUAAUAUUUAUGUGCUUGGGCCACGUUACUAUGUGCUAGGAAGUAUAAGCACUUUACAUGCAUGAUCUCAACCAUAGAGUAUUAUUUACCUGUGUUUCAUUGAUGAGAUAAUGAAGUUUAGAGAAGUUAAAUAACUUGCCUAAAAUCAGAGCUAGUAAAUCAUGGAGCCAGUUUCAACACACUCACCAGUGACUUUAGUUCAUGCUCUUAACACUUUUGCCUACUAACUUUGUUAAAUGGUACUUUAAAUUUUAGUAAGACCUUGCUAAAAACAUAUUCAAGAGUGAACCAUAUUUUCUUCCAUUGUAGUUUUAAAAAUGACAUUAAAAAAUUAGUGUUCUCAAACACUGCUAACAAACGACAAAGUAACUUUAAAAUUUUUUGUAUAUCCAGGUGUCUCAUGGAUGCCAACAUUAUAUAUUGGCAUCUAAUUUAAAAUUAAUUUUAUCAAACAUGACUUGACUUUGGCUUCUUAUAGUUACAUAAUACAAGUUAGGUGAUUUUUGUCGAUGCUGUGUCCAGAGAUUUCCUACACUGAGCAAAUAAAUAUAAAAUAUGAAUUGAUAUACAGUAGUUGCCAUUUAAUAUUAGGAUAUUGCUAAAGUAGAAAACUGACUGUCAGUACUUAAUCAAUUAGUAUUAUAAGUAUUUUGGAGUAAUCUUCAGUGAUUUAAAGAAGUCUCAGAGAAGCUAACCUUAACUUUGUUUUUAAUAAUAGUGAAUAUUCUGCUUGCUAGUAAAAUGAGUAAACUGGUAAGUUUGGUUCAAAAAAGGCUCAUCAGUAUGGCUCUUCAAACUAGUAAACUUAUAAAUAGCUAGAUGAAUGAUAAGCUAAUAUCCAAACCAAGCACAAUGAAUAAAACAGGAAUAUUUUUAUAUGCUAAAAGACUGUAUACAUAGUUCAUUUGGUCAGCAUUGUUGAGGACUUAAAUGGUUCUCAAAUAUAUACCAAUAAAAGCUAAGAUGAAGCUUAAAAGUGAAAUGUCACUGAAUGUAGAACUGCUGAAAGAAGGCUGGUGUGUGGUAGGGGUGGAUAAGAGGCUAACAGUAGUAAACACAAGCUUUGUAUUUUGAUUAUAAAUGUAAAAAGAAUGGAUUGAUAUGAAGUUAAUUUUACUCUGUAAUCUAUCAGUUUAAUAUAUUUUCAAACUUUUUAAAAUAAAAAGUUUAUUACACAAAGCUGGAUUCUGCUAGUUGGGAGCCAUUUUUUCAUAUCUUUUCCCAACUCUGUCUACAGUGGUGUGUUGAUGACCAAAAUUGGCCAUGGUAGUAUUACACUAUGGAAAUUGACAAAUGCAACAAAUCAGGACAUUUUUCACUCUAGGGAGUUGGCUUAUCAGCACACCAGCAAUUUCAAAGACAAUAAAGAGUACACAUUUAGUACAUGUGUACUAAAUAAAGCACCACAUACCCAUCAUCCAACUUCAAUAUCAUCUCAUAGCCAAUUUUAUUUUUUCUUAUUGCUAGAUAUAUUAGGUACACUAGGGCAUACUGGUUCUUUAGUUAAUGCCACUUUAAUUAUCUUAAAACAUUUUUGCCAUGGAAAA